AGCGCCGUCAUUCAGUUGCGCAAUGGACCGGCGGCGCCUGUGCCGAGCGAGAAUUCCCUGAUGUGGCGUUAUGUCGAGAAGGCCGAUUUUAACAACAUAGCUAUGACUCUUAUGGGCAACCUUGUCUUUCCGGCCUUGACUGGGCCGUGGACACUGGUUGAUCAAGAAGCCCUGAACACGGGUAAGCUACCCCUACGCGAAUUCGAGAACAAUGUUCAGUCGGCAGCAAACUGUCGGCUGCGGCCGUGGGUUAUGCACGAUUUCUGGCCUCGAAUUGAGGGUCUAAGUAAACCUCUAGAAGAUGCCCUGGAGAGUAGGAUGACGCUGGGCAAGGAAUGGCGGCAGAUUACAAUAACACAAAUCUCAGGACUCGUAGCGAGCUAGCAAUUUGCCUCCGAGACCGAGAAAAGAGCCCAUUGAAUCUUUGACAAUAGUACAAAUCUUUUGAGCCAUUUAGCGAACAUAUUCAACCAUCUCUUCCGA